AUGGAUGCUGGUAACGCCGCCGGCGACAACCACCAAAACCACAACCACAACCGCGGCGGCGGCGAUGAUCACCAUCUCCACCUCCACCACUUCCAACAACACCACCACCACCGCCCCACCUUCCCCUUCCAGCUCCUCGAGAAGAAAGAAGACGAGCCCUGCUCCUCCUCCUCCGCCGCCGCCUACCCUUCCCUCCUCGACCUCCCUUCCACCUCCACCGCCCUUACUCCCACCAGCAUAGCUCCCACGGCGGACCAGCAGCAGCUACAAACAACCACCAAAAAGCCGCCGCCGAAGCGGACCUCCACCAAGGACCGACACACAAAAGUCGACGGCCGCGGGCGCCGGAUCCGGAUGCCGGCCCUCUGCGCCGCCAGGGUCUUCCAGCUGACCCGCGAGCUCGGCCACAAGUCCGACGGCGAGACCAUCGAGUGGCUCCUCCAGCAGGCCGAGCCCGCCGUCAUCGCCGCCACCGGAACCGGAACCAUCCCGGCCAACUUCACCUCCCUCAACAUCUCCCUCCGCAGCUCCGGCUCCACCCUCUCCGUCCCCUCCCAGCUCAGAUCCGCCGCCGCCGCCGCGGCCGGGCUCGGGUUCAACCCUAAUUUCUCAAUUCAGAACCGCCGCAGCCUCUUCGGCCUCGAUCCGCAGCCCACGACGUCGUUUCUCAACUUCCAGGGUGGGAAUUUCGGGAAUAAUCAAACGCCGUCGUCGUCGUCGAAGCAGGAGGUGAGGGAGAGCUCGGAGGAGGCGGCGGCGGCGGAGGAAGGGGGGAUGAUGAGCAGGAAGCGGAGGAAUAGCGACGAGCAGCUGGAUUUGUCGUCUUCUUCGAAUCAGCAGCAUCAGAUGGGGAAUUAUCUGCUGCAGUCGAGUUCAACAGGAGCGAUUCCGGCCAGCCAGCACCAGAUUCCCGCAGGGAACUUUUGGAUGGUGGCGAAUUCCGCCGGGAUGGGGGCGGACCCGAUUUGGACCUUCCCCUCCGUCGGCGGCGCCAACAGCGGCCUCUACAGAGCGGCGGCUGCCAGCAACAUGGCCGGAGCGGGAUUGCACUUCAUGAACUUCCCCGGCGGAGCGCCGGUGGCUUUGCAGCUGCCGCCUGGCGGCGGCGGGCAGCAAUUUGGGAACAUGGGGGAAGCGCAGCUGAACUUAAUGGCGGCAGGGCUGAGUAGUAGUACGGCCGCAGCGGCGUAUCGUCAUCACCACGCGGCGGCGGCGGCGGCAGCGUCGGAUUCGCAGCAAGCGAGUGGAUCGCAGCAGGGAGGCGGCGGAGGAGGGAGCCGCGACGAUCGGCAUGAUGCCAGCAGUCAUCAGUCGUAA